GGAAAAGGAGGAGGAGAUUGCCCCAUAGACAAGACCCAUCGCAACCAGUGCCGGGCCUGCCGGCUCAAUAAGUGCUUCGACGCCCAGAUGAAUAAAGAUGCUGUACAACACGAGCGAGGACCACGGAAGCCCAAGAACAAACCCAUCAUUCCAACAGAGAUCAGAUCAACAGGCACACCAGGCACCGUUCGAUCCCUGACCCCAUCCAGCACCACGUCACUGAGCCCCUUACCCCGUCAAACCGGGCACUCAAUCCUGCCCCUAACCGUACCACACCGCCCGCUGCCCGCCGACAAGUCACCGCUUACAGGCUCCUCAACGCCGCUGCCUCCCCCGUCCAGUAGUUUCAUAUCUUCAUCCGUUUACUACGGGACGUUCUACCACAGCCUCCUCACCGCUGAACACUACAACAUCAACCCACUCGCGCUGGACGCCGUGCGGGAAGAUGACGGGGCCGAGGUGGGUCGGGUGAAGGGGAUUGGGUCGUCGAUGUCCACGUCGCCGGAUAACUUGCCUGAAGUGACAGCGAGGCUUAUUUUUACCUCGGUGAAAUGGGCGAAAAAUAUCACCUGUUUUCGAUUGCUGCCGUUCAGAGAUCAGCUCAUCCUUCUCGAAGAAACGUGGAAAGACUUAUUUCUGAUGGGAAUUUGUCAGUGGGCGGUUCCACUCGAAACAGACGCCCUCCUAAAGUCCCUCGCGGUCAGCAUGAGCGUGAAGGGAGAGAAGACAUCCCCCGAAACCACGGCGGAGCUUGCAUCGCAGGUCCGCUACAUGAAGGAGACGGUUGCUAAGCUACGGGCAAUGAAGGUGGAUUUCACCGAAUUUGCAUGCCUGAAAGCUGUAGCUUUGUUUAAAUCAGAAACCCCUCAUCUGAGCGAGCCCCAUCGUGUCGAAUCACUUCAAGACCAAGCCCAAGUCAUGCUGGGGGACUACGUCCGGUAUGCUCACCUUUCCCAGCCCACUCGCUUCGGCAGACUUCUCAUCAUGCUCUCCGCUCUCCGAGCAGUCAGCAGCAAGUUUUUAGAAACGCUCUUUUUCAAGCAGACGAUAGGGGAUAUACCUAUUGAAAGAUUAUUGAGCGAUAUGUUCCAGACUUGUUAGAAGAACUUUC